AUGAGUUCCCCUUUACGAGCGUCGAUGUCCUCCGCAAACCGUGGUCCGGCUCGCAAUGCACGCAAACGUUCUAGAGAGCCAGAAGAUGCGGUCAUGGCAUCGAGCCCCGCUGGGGACAUUCGGUCCUCCCCUCCGGCAUAUCCAAUUCAGCAUGGAGAAGAUGAUGACGACGAUGUAGAAGAGGAAAUAGCUCUUGAUAUCGACGAUGUGGACGAGUUGGCCGAGGAUGAGGAUGGAAUUGAUCUUUUCGCUGGAAACUACGAAAGAGAUUACAGAAAUGUUGAGGACGAUGCAUACGACGCCCGGGAUAUUGACGAUGAGGGAGACUAUGAUGAGCUAGACGCUGCAGCUCGACGCCAGCUCGAGGCACGUUUGAAUCGCAGGGAUCGUGAACUUGCCCGCAAUCGUGGUCAAAACGCCUUUCUUCAAGAUGAUGAAGACGAUGGAAACCUUGAUUUGACUGCUCAGCCAAGACGUCGCCGACAUCAUUACGACGAAGACGAGGAUGAAGAUAUGGGGGACGAUAUUAUGGAGGAAGAGCUUUCUCUAGAGACACUCCAGGAUGUCAAAGCAUCAAGCUUGGUCGAGUGGGUUGCUCAGCACGCGGUCCAGAGAACAAUCAAAAGGGAAUUCAAAGCCUUCCUAACAGAAUAUACGGAUGAGCACGGAGACUCCGUUUACGGCAAUCGUAUCAAGACACUUGGAGAGGUCAAUGCGGAGUCUCUAGAAGUGUCCUAUGAUCAUUUGUCAUCGUCAAAGGCAAUUUUGGCCUACUUCCUUGCGAAUGCGCCAGGAGAAUUGCUCAAAUUGUUUGACGAAGUCGCAAUGGAAGUUACCCUCCUUCACUACCCUGAUUAUGAACGAAUUCAUUCCGAAAUCCAUGUACGGAUCUCCGAUUUACCAGUUCACUAUACUCUUCGCCAACUUCGCCAAACCCAUUUGAACUGCUUGGUUCGCGUUAGCGGGGUUGUCACUCGCAGAAGUGGAGUGUUCCCUCAGCUGAAGUAUGUCAUGUUUGACUGCUCAAAGUGCCACGCCAGACUUGGACCAUUUCAACAAGAGUCAAAUGUUGAGGUCAAAAUUACCUACUGCCAGAACUGCCAGUCUCGAGGACCCUUCAAUCUCAACUCAGAAAAGACAGUAUACAGAAAUUACCAGAAACUAACUCUUCAAGAGUCCCCAGGCACGGUUCCCGCAGGUCGUCUUCCUCGGCAUCGAGAGGUCAUUCUACUUUGGGAUUUGAUUGAUAGAGCUAAACCUGGAGAAGAGAUUGAGGUUACGGGGGUCUACCGAAACAAUUACGAUGCGCAACUUAACAACAAGAAUGGCUUCCCAGUCUUUGCGACGAUAUUAGAGGCAAACAAUGUUGUCAAAUCUCAUGAUCAGCUGGCUGGUUUCAGAUUGACAGAAGAAGACGAGCACCAAAUCCGUACCCUCGCUCGUGACCCUCAAAUUAUCGAUAAGAUCAUCCAUUCGAUGGCGCCUAGUAUCUAUGGCCACACAGACAUUAAGACGGCCGUUGCUCUUUCACUAUUCGGUGGCGUCGCAAAAGAACGCUUGGGAAAGCUACACAUCCGUGGCGAUAUCAAUGUUCUUCUUCUUGGUGAUCCUGGAACUGCAAAGUCUCAAGUUCUCAAAUAUGUCGAAAAAACAGCACACAGAGCUGUUUUCGCAACUGGUCAAGGUGCUAGUGCCGUCGGUUUAACAGCAAGUGUCCGCAAAGACCCCUUGACUAGCGAAUGGACGCUGGAGGGUGGUGCUCUUGUGCUUGCUGAUCGUGGAACCUGCUUGAUUGACGAAUUCGACAAAAUGAAUGAUCAGGACAGAACAUCCAUCCACGAAGCUAUGGAACAGCAGACCAUUUCGAUUUCUAAAGCCGGUAUUGUUACAACCCUGCAGGCUCGAUGUGGUAUUAUCGCAGCGGCCAAUCCAAUAGGAGGAAGAUACAAUUCCACUAUUCCAUUUUCGCAAAAUGUAGAACUCACCGAACCCAUUUUAUCUCGAUUCGAUAUUCUUUGUGUUGUUAGAGAUACUGUGGAUCCAGCGGAGGACGAGAGACUUGCUCGGUUCGUGGUUGGAUCUCACGGUCGAUCUCAUCCAGUCACCCAAGCUACCGAUGAAAAUCAGAACUCUAUGGAAAUGGAACAUGACUCCGAUCUCCGAGCUAGCGCUAUCAAUGGGGGCGAGCCAAAGCAGGAAGGAGAAAUACCCCAAGAGCUCCUCCGAAAAUUCAUACUUUAUGCCAGGGAAAGAUGUAGUCCAAAAUUGUACAAUAUCGAUGAGGAAAAGGUAUCAAAGCUUUUUGCGGAUAUGAGAAGAGAAUCUCUAGCUACUGGGGCAUACCCCAUCACUGUUCGUCACUUGGAAGCUAUCAUGCGAAUCAGUGAAGCAUUUUGCCGAAUGCGUUUGUCUGAUUAUGUUUCUUCGCAGGAUGUCGACCGAGCGAUUGCUGUGACUAUCGACUCAUUCGUUGGAAGUCAGAAGGUCAGUUGUAAAAAGGCGCUUGCUCGUGCAUUUGCCAAAUAUACACUGGCACGACCUGGGUCUGGUAAGAAGACUGGACCAGGUAGGAACUUGGAGCGUACUAGUCAGAGGGCGGCGACCGCGAGCAUGGCAUGA